AUGGAGCAUAUUUUCAAUCUGAUCGAAGUGGAUACUUCUAAUAGUAGGAUCAAAGUUUCCAUAACUGAAUCAACAAUGAUGCAGAUUCUGCACAAUGCAAUGGACAAAGCAUAUCGAAAAGUUAAGUCAAAAAAUGGGGCUCUUGAACGCUUGAAUGAGAUAUCAAAAUUCUAUGAAUUAGCAGUGCUGCAAUUAGAAGGGUGCUUGAAGUUUGUUCAAGAAGAAACAGACAACUAUUUUCUUGAUAGCAGCCAUGAAUUUUUGCUUGAGGACUUAACAGAAAUUCGAGACCGCCUUCAAGGACGCCUCAGGGAAGUAGAGCUGGCUAUAUCGGACAAAGAUAAAGAGUUAUUGGAGAGACUAGGGAAUGAGUUGAAGCUGAAGAAAGCAUUGGAGAUCAGUGAAAAAGAAUUGGAUUCUUUGCAUGCUGACCUUAAAUUGGAACAAAGGAAGAGCGAGGGCAUUGAGGAGUUCUUUCUUGGCAACCAAGCAAGCAUUGAAAACGGAGAUAGAGAAGGCGAAUUCUGCGAGUUAAAGAAUUCAGUUGAUCAGCAGGUAUGGAACAUUCAACAACAGCUUGAGCCUAACUAUCGACUCAGAGAAGAAGAAAGAAGUCAAGGGAUCGACAACAAGAAAAUCGAGCAGAUGGGAUCAGAUAUUAGCAUUUUAAAGGAGACUCUUGAUCUUGCCUUUUGUAAGAUGCAGAAUGCAGUUUUCUUAUCUGAGCUUGGGCCAAUAGAGCAUCAAUGGAUGUGGAACAUAGAGAGAGGUAUAGCGGCCAUUGUGAUUAAAGGAUCUUUGAAAGAUUUUCAAGAGAAUUUUGAAAAGGAAGUUAAGAAGAUAGAGAUGCGGGUCUCAGAUGGCUUGAGAAAGCAUUUAGCUGAUGUGAUCAGGGACAUGACUUGCCUCAACCAUGAGCUUGAGCUUCUUAAUAAUCAAGAUGAGGUUCAAUUGAAAAGUUUAAAAGCUAAGGGUUCUCUAAAAGAAAAAGGCAGAUGUUUACCAGAAACUCGAAGUUUUGGCAAUUCCAGCAAUGUCUCCUUGAAGGUUGAAGAAGCAAAUACAAUCAAGCAGCCCCGCAAUGCUGAUUCAGAAGAUGAUGCAAGUCAUUUUGUUGCAAAGAUGAUAAAGAAUCAUGAGUCCAUAAUCCGUAAAAAAAGUGAAGAGCUUACUUUGUUGACGCGAGACCUUCUUCCGGAGAAAGCAUGUCCACCCCUCUGGAAAGAAAAGGAUUCUGUCAAUCCGAAAAGAAGGAUUCAAGAAGUUAUUGGGUGUUUGGAGAGUUUGAUAAAUUGGAAUCCUGGGAUUGCUGAUGAUAUUUUUGGUGACACUAGAUAUGAUUAUGAGGUGGAAAAGCAUCCUGAGGUGAUGUUAUUUACAGAUGAUCAGAUGGAUAUAGAGAAAUCAGGCAUUGACAGUAUGGAAGAAGUAUGGGCAAAAGUGAAUAAAACCUCAGUUUCUCAAGCUGGAAAUGAAGAGCCAUACACAGAAAUGAGGACGCUGAAACAAGAAAUGGAAGAUGCAAAUCUGCAAACUGUGAUGAUGGAAGAGACUUAUUUAACUCUUUUCAAAAGUUUGGUUGAUGAAUUUCAUACUGAGAUGCUUAAUCAUCACAUGCAUUGCCUAAUAAAAGAAGGUAUGUAUGAAAAAUUUAUUGAGGAAAUAAAUGAUGAGUGGAAUGAGAAAACUGAAAGUGACAGAACUGAAGUGCAAAGCAGAGAAGAGAGAUAUGAUACCGUGUGCACAAAGGCAAUGAAAGAUCUUGAUGCUGCUCAUAACUCCAUUGCAGCACAUUAUCAGAAUGCAAAUGCUGAAAGUAAAUGUUUUCAAGACCCAAACUUUAUAAGUGGCUUAGGUAAUUUGGAGGGUAUGUUAAAGGAUGAUGUUUACACAUUCCUCUUACAGGAAACACUCAGGGAAUGGAAUGAGAGUAUAGAAAGUUUCAAGUCUUUAAGUUCUCUAGGGGAGGAACUAUGUUUCAUUGUCUUUGGUGAAACUGUUAGAGAUAUUAUGAACACGGCCAAUUAUGCAUUAAGCAAACUGCAAGAGAUCAAAGUUCAUGACAGUUUCAAUUAUGACUUCCAAUUCAGCAUCAAUUUUUUUGAAAGUGCAGCAAUGUCGAUCAAGGAUGAUGUUUGUAACGUGUUUCUCGCUGAGAUGAUCAAGGAAUUGGAGAUGAAAAUAUAUGCUUUUAGUAUUGAGAGUCUCAUCAGGGAAGAGGUGCUCCAAUCCGUCAUUGUUGAGGCUGUGAAAGAAGCUGAUAACUGGAAUCAAGACAGAAGUUCAAACAACUUGUUCUCUAUUGACAACUUAAGAACAAGCCUAAGGGAAAAUGGGAAAGAGAAUUUGACAUUAACAUUAGAUAGACUAGUGAAAUUCAUGGAAGAGGAGGAAGCUCUGAUACAAGGUGCCUGUUCUGAAAUAAAGCAACAGAAGAUGCGCCCUGACCUUGUUGGUUCCGUGUUUGACGAGUUGGAUGAACAUGAGCAUUUUCAGAGAUUAUUUACAAAUGAGCAAAACAGUUCUAAUUCAGCCUAUAGCAAACUUGGGAAAGCUUUACAGCAGUUAGACUAUGGUAAGGUACUAUUGAGUGAGUUUGGAUUCCAACUAGGCGUAUCAGUUGGCAAUUCAGAAUGGCAUCACAAAGAAAUGACUCCACUUAUUGCCACCAGGCAUUGCAGGAAGCCCUCUAUUCACCAAACAAAAGAUAUUGAGGAGGCGAAAAUGAAUAUAUAUGAAUCUCUGUUAAUCCCAAUCCAGGAGUUAUCGCGGACAUUGAAGAGUUUCAAGUAUGGAUCAUGUACAAGAUUAGGAAGGCAUAUUUUGAGGUUGGAUGAAAUAAAGCUUCAGCUAGAUUUACUUGUUGAACUCACUGCCUCACUCAGCCAAAAGGAAUCACUUUACAGGAAGGCUUUUAUUAGGAGAUGUGAGAAUCUCCAAAUGGCUGAAACUGAGGUGGAUCUUCUUGGUGAUCAAGUGGAUCAACUUCAAGGAGUACUUAAGAAGAUCUAUAUGGCACUGCAUCGACAUUCACCAGUGUUGCAGCAGUAUUUUGAGGUCUCAGAAAUGUUGAAGCUAAUAGAGAAAGAAAUAGGAGGAAGAUGA